CCACUCCGCCAUGAGGGACGUCACUCUUCAUCUUCUUCUUAUUGCCAUCGCUGGUGUGGCAGUCAACGGCCAGGAACUGCGUUGGCAAAACGACUACGACAAGCCGCUACAUUUCAUGUGCCCCACAGACGGAUCCAUCAAUUACAUUAAAAGCAUCCACCACAACCAUGCCGAGGACUGCCUGUGGGACCUCUCCUGCAAGCCCACCUUUGACAGCUACCCCCGCUGCUCCUGGUCCAAUUACGUCAACUGGUUUGAUGAAGAGUUCUACUACAGCUGUCCGGGCAACUCGGUCAUGAGCGGGAUGUACAGCUACCAUGAGAACAAGCAAGAAGAUCGCAGAUGGAAGUUCUACUGCUGUGACGAGCCGGGGGUCUGCAGUUACGACUGCUACUGGACCAACUUCGUGAACAACUUUGACGAAAUGUUUGAAACGUCCGUCCCAGCCCACUACUACCUGACCGGGGCUGGUAGCUACCAUGACAAUGGGAAAGAGGAUCGCCGCUGGAAAUAUCGCUUCUGCACGAGGUCAGCGUGUACAAGACAAGAGGGACAAGAGGGAGAAAAGGGACACGAGGGACAGGGCGAGGACAGUGGGCCACUGGCUUAACAUGCCUUUGUUCAAAUAAAUGAGAUUUAUUAAUUCACA